AUGGAAGAGGAGGUGCUCAAUACUUUCCGCUGUCUAUUUGCGCUUACUUUUAGUUCUGUUUUGGCUCAUUUUUCAGUUCGACCAUCUGUUCCAAGACAAUUAGAAAUCGGCGCCGUAACCGAUCAUUCGGUGACACUGAAAUGGAAGCAGAAUGCUUCACGUUCACAACUGCCAAUUCUACAAAAUACCGUUUACAUUAGGAGACUUGACGACGGUUCAGUACGAAAAGUUAUCUUAGUUGACAACGUUACAACAGCACUUAUUUCCGGUCUUUCAUCAUUUACGCAAUAUUCGUUUAGUAUUUCUGCCGAAAAUGCUGCUGGUAUCAGCGAUAUUAGUUUACCAAUAAUUCAGCGUACCUUAGGAGAAGCUUUAAAGGAACCACCGAGGAUUACGGGUAUUAGUAACACAACAGACGGGUGUAUUGAAACUUUGUGGUCUCCUCCAAAAUCUCCAAAAUUAACAGCGUUAAAUUAUAAAGUUACUGUUCGUUAUUUUGAUUCCGAUACAAAACGAGAAUUUCAUACAAAGGAAAAUGAUUAUACCAUAUGUUAUUUGCCAUAUAAUUCGUUGUUUGAGCUAAAAAUAGAAGCUGACAACGGAUUUGGUUAUUCUCCACCGGCUUCUGCAACAUUUCGUACUGAUCAAUCUAUUCCGGAUGGGCCACCAGAAGAUGUUCGAGCACGAGCGUUAUCGUCAUCGACUGUCGAGCUGAAAUGGGCCCAACCGGAAAGACCAAAUGGAAUUAUUACUUCAUAUCGAAUUUUUAUACGACGACCAGAUAUUGCUGAAAUUAAGUCGCUUGUCAUCUAUACAAAAGGCAUCUUCCGGAAUCGAUAUACCUACAACGUUACAGAUCUCGAACCAUUUAAAACGUAUUCGUUUCGAGUAUCUGCACUGACAGUCAAAGGUGAAAGUGAACAAAGCAAAGAAGUGAACGCUGUUACAGAUCAUCGAGUUCCAUCGAUACCAAGCAUAACAAAUUUGUCGUUGGAUUGUCAAAAUACAGUAACUGUUAUUUGGAAACCAGGUGAAAGUCCCGGACAAUACUAUCAUCUGUGGUUACAAGGACCCACAUCAAAAUCGUUGAAUACAUCGACUACAAAUGCCAAUUUAACAAAUUUGGAGGUUCAUUACGGUUAUUCAGUAAAAAUUUUGGCUGCUGUUAACAGCGUUAUUACCAAUGGUACUUUAGAAAGUUAUUGGUCAAAAACAGAGAUGUUUAUGUUGGACGAUCGAAACUACGGCCGUACAAUAAAUGUUGAUGAAUUUGAUGCUUAUUGUCAAGAACUAAGCAGAAACGAUAAUCAAGGAUUUAAGCAACAUUUUGAGAACAUUGAAAAAGAUUCAACCUUAGAAAAUGGUUAUGGAAAUGGUAUUCAUCAGUCCAAAGAUCGGUAUUUGGAUGUUUGUGCUUAUGAACCGACACGUAUCAAAAUAAUUGCUGCGGAAUCAUCAGAUUACAUUAACGCCAACUAUGUCGACAGCUGUGAAAAGCAUAAUGUUUAUAUAGCAACUCAAGCACCAUUACCGCACACAUUUGCUGAUUUUUGGUCUAUGAUUUGGCAGGAACAAUCCAAUGUAAUUGUCAUGAUCACAAAUCUGGUUGAACAUGGACGGCGUAAGUGUGAUCAGUACUGGCCAAGUUUGUCGAAUGCAGCUCAAGUACACGGUCAUUUCAUGAUUUCACUGAUUUCUGAAAAAACAAAUUUGCACUUCGUUCAUCGUUUAUUCAACCUGAAACCAACCAAAUGUUCAAUGCAUGAACGUCAGGUUCAUCAACUGCAUUUUACAACUUGGCCAGAUCACGGUGUUCCAGAUUCUGUGUUCCCACUUCUAUCAUUUUUGCAAUAUGUUUCUGAAAUUCCAACAUCUGGACCAGUUGUUGUCCAUUGCAGCGCCGGCAUAGGUCGCUCUGGUUCCUAUAUGCUAAUUGAUAGUAUGAGAAGGCAUUUAAUGCAAGCUGAUUCACUGAAUAUUGAUGCACAUCUGAAGCAUAUUCGACAACAAAGAGCAAAAUUAGUGCAAACACUGGAGCAAUAUAUUUUUUGCCAUGAAGCGGUACGACAGUUGAUUCUAAACGGUACAACACAUAUCCAUGUGGAUGAUUUCAUGCAAUAUUUGCAUUAUUUGUCGCAUAAUUUAGUAAAUGGCCGAACACGUCUGCAAAUGCAAUACGAAGAUAUAUGCAGCUGUAACCAUACACCAACCUGUAGAAUUGGUGUUGGAUAUGAAAUUUUUCCGGGUUUCCAUCGUGAUGCUGAAUUUAUUGUUGCAACUUGGCCACAUGAAUCUGCAGAUUUAUGGUCUUUGGUGUGGGAAAAAAAUUGUCAAACCAUUGUGCUGUUAGCUGGCGACGAACAAUUUUGGUGUAAAACAAUGACUACUGCUGGUGAUCUGAGGAUACAACGGAUGAGCAACGAUAUGAUCAUUUUAAGCAACAAAGAAGAUCAGCUGUGUAUUCGAACAUUAUAUGUAUCACAAAGUGACUUUGAGCUGGAUACAUGGACCGAAAUCAGUCGAGUUCAGCAUCGUCGAUUACAGUACCACGACAGUCCAUUAAUGGUACUGAAUCCUAGUUGUAGUUCCAAUGCUUAUAUGCUUUGUCUGUUGACCAGUGUCGCAUGUCAGAUUGAAGCUGAAUCCAGUCUUGACAUACUGUUAUUCUUAACGGCUUAUAAGCAAAAAUUAUGUGGUGUUUGGCAGACAAAGGUAAAAUAUUCAUUCACAACAAUUUUUCUCUAA